AUGUUCGCCCCCUGGCCCACGGCCGAUCACAGCCCAACGAGAUCAAUGGCGGGAACCCAGUCGCGGGUUCAAACGGCCUCUGGUGAUACACAGAACGCAGUCCACAGGUCAUCAUUGGGCCAGAGCAUCAGAAUCCCCGGGUUAACUACCGAAUAUAAGCGGAAAUGCCUAGGUAAUCAUCAUUUAUGUCUCCGGAUGCUGUUAUCAUUGUCAUUAGAACGUGGAACUUCGGGAGACUGCAGCUUUCUUGUCCUGCUGUGGCCCAGGUGUUGCUGGCAUGUCCGCGUCCUGGGCUCCUGGGUCGCCAUCAUCGAUAUUGUUGAGCUGACAAGGCAGCCUGGGGAUAAAGCACCAAGAGACAGGGUCCUGGUGCGUUCUCCCAGUAUAUUCACCUGGACACUAUGGUUGGAGAGCAAUGCCAUCGCAGGCGCCGUUCGCUGGGGGAGAAACCGCCCAUCCCGGUUGGGGUUUACAAGCCCUGAUCCAUCAGAGGCGGUGCCAAAGAAAUUUCCCGGGGCCUUCUCGGCGACUCCUGUUGAAGGGCCCUUGUUUUGGAAAACUUGA